AUGUUUCGUGCUAUUAAUCAUAGAUACUGGCAGGCUGCUGCCCAUCAAGCGAAACAUCAUGCUAUUCGACGUUUAACAACAGAAGCGCCGACUGCUGGAAAUCGAGUGGCUGAUGUAGCCUUCGCAUUUGAUAUUGAUGGUGUCCUAAUUCGAGGAGGGAAAGGCUUGACAGAAGGAACUAAGACCUUACGUUAUCUUCAGGAGCACAAAAUUCCGUUCAUUCUACUCACGAAUGGAGGUGGAAUGCAUGAAACAACACGAGCCGAGCGCUUGUCCAAGCUUUUGCAGAUUAGCUUGAAGGAAGUCGACUUUUGUCAGUCGCACACCCCAUUCAAAAAUCUCAAAGAUAAGUACAAACAUAUACUCGUUCUCGGAGGAAGCGACGACAGCGUACGGAAGACAGCUGAGAUGUAUGGCUUUCCAAGUGUCAUCAAUGAACUUGAUGUAAUUGCUAAGCGUGGUUCUCCAUUUUGGCCCUUUACCUCUUUUACAGAAAGCGAUUUGAAAAAAGCUCGUGACUUUGACUUGAAUCAACCCAUUGAGGCCGUGUUUACCUAUGUUGAUCCAGUGAGAUUUGGACUUGAUUUGCAACUUGUUAUGGAAAUGGCUCAAUCGAAGAACGGUAUUCUAGGUACUAUAUCUGAAACAAAUGAAGAGGGACCUGAUAUAUAUUUUUCAAAUGCCGAUUUGGUUUGGCCAAAUGAGUACCCACUUCCUCGUUUGGGUCAAGGUGCAUUUGCUUCUUGUUGUGAAAAAAUUUAUAAUGAGCUUACUGGAAAGCAAAUGAAAUUUACUAAGUAUGGGAAGCCCCAUAAAGUUACUUACGAUUAUGCUACCAAUAUCCUUGAAGCAAAGCGAAAGGCUUUGAGUAUCCCCAAUUUCCCCAAAGAAAUCUUUAUGGUUGGUGAUAAUCCCGAAAGCGAUAUUCGCGGAGCCAACGACUAUGGGUGGACUAGCAUCUUGGUUCGUACUGGUAUAUUCCAGGGUGCGGAUAACAGCCCCAAAUACCCUGCCAAGCAUGUUGCCAAAAAUGUUUGGGAAGGCAUGCGAUGGGCCCUUUCCCGACACAUGCCUGGUUCAAAAUUGGAUAAGACAAUGGGUGGUAUUCGUGGUUUUCACAAUUCUUCGAAACCACCAACCACAGCUGAAAAACGUAAUGAAAUAAAGGGCUUUCAAUUGCCCAUUCGUGAGAAUGUAUUUACAUUGCCUAACAUGCUGACCCUGUCAAGGCUUUUCUCAUCUCCACUAAUUGCGUUUCUUUAUGUGAACAACUACGCGAAAGCAGCUGCUUGUUUGUUUAUGUAUGCUGGAUUUACCGAUUUGGUGGAUGGCUAUCUUGCUAGAAAGUUUCACAUGCGGAGCGUUGCUGGUACGGUUUUGGACCCUCUUGCUGACAAGACAUUAAUGACAUGUUUGACACUUUGUUUGGCAUAUCAAAACUCAAUGCCUGCACUACUAGCUGGUUUAAUAAUUGGAAGAGAUGUUUUGCUUGUGUCCAUGGUCAGCUUUCUCCGAUACCUAACUCUCCCAUCUCCAAAAACUGUGAGGCAAUAUUUUGAUUUUAGCCUUCCGACUGCUGAAUUACGGCCUACGACAAUUAGCAAGUGGAAUACUGCUUUUCAAUUGAUGUUGCUUGGUCUUUUAAUUACUGAGCCGAUACUACCGAUAGACAUUGAAAUCGCCAAAACCCCACUAUUUUAUCUAGUUGGAUGCACAACAAUUGCAUCCGGGGCUUCCUAUAUUUUCAGUCGCAACACAUUCCGUAUAUUGAAUUCGGCAAAAAAAUAG